CUCAAGCGUUGACGAUCGUACAAGAAAUUUUAUUGAGAAAUAAUUAAAAUAUUGAAAAAAUAGCCACGCUACGAAAAUCCGUGAUUAAAGUUAUGAAAAUCAAACUGCCGCGAGACCGUUUCCCAUCAACGUCUUCUAACGAAGACAUCGACACGACAAAUGACUGGGAGACAGUGCGUCCAAUGCCCCAAAUGCCCCAUAUGCCGCCAAUGGCUAUGAUGCCCCGUCUGCCCCCACCGCAAGGCGUGAUGGUGGGGGCAGUUCGCAAGCGUAGGGGCAACCUGCCCAAGAACUCUGUGCGCAUUCUGAAGAGGUGGCUGUAUGACCAUCGUUAUAAUGCGUAUCCGAGCGACACGGAGAAGAUGGCGCUGAGUCAAGAGGCUAAUUUGACGGUUUUGCAGGUAUGCAAUUGGUUCAUAAACGCGCGCCGCCGCAUCCUGCCCGAGAUGAUCCGACGGGAGGGACACGACCCGUUACACUACACGAUAUCGCGUCGUGGUCGUAAGCAGCCGCCCGGCGUGGGGCCCAUGGUGGGGCUGCCGUCCACGUCGGGUAUUGGCAUGCCACCCGGGAGCAUGAUGAUGCCGUGGAACGGAGUGGAGGUUCAGAACAUAGUCGACCCCAGUCGUCCCCAUGACUACGGGGAUGGUCUCCUAGUGUACCGGGACGGGGACGAGCUGGUGGAUGCUGAGGAGGGCUACUCGAGCGCGAUCAGCGAGGAGGAGGUGAAGUACGACCCGUCCGUGUGGCAGAGUGUCAUACGGUAUGGCCCGGAGGAGCGGGAUCUGCAUGCUGUUAGAGGAACGCCAGUAGUAGCGGUGAGUACAGAGGACGGGGUGAGUACACCAGAUCUCGGUGAGAACGCGGUGUGGACGCAACUCACGCCGAUGCGCAGACAGGUGAGUCCUCCGCCGCCGCCCGUCGCUGUGGAGCUGGAAGUGGCCACUACAGACAUGUGGUGUCAUACUUAA